CCAAACGCGCUACCUCAUCUCACACCUUCAGGGUCUGCGCACAUGGUCUCCGUCUCCUCCAAACCAGAUACUGUCCGCACCGCCAUUGCCGUAGGCAUAGUACACUUCUCCAACUCCCAACCACUCUCUCUGGUCAAAAUGAACGCCCUCAAGAAAGGAGACGUACUAUCCGUCUCUCGGAUCGCAGGAAUCAUGGCAGCAAAAGCCACCCCAACUCUCAUCCCACUAUGCCACCCCAUUGCCCUGACGCACGUCAGCGUCGAGUUGAGGCUACUAGAUGCUGAUGCCUCCCGUCAAUUCGGCGGCGUACAUGUCGAGGCGAAAGUGGCUUGCACGGGUCCCACGGGCGUUGAAAUGGAAGCAUUGACUGCAGUUAUGGGCGCAGGGCUUACGGUGGUAGAUAUGUGUAAGGCGGUGGACAAGGGCAUGCGGUUUACUGACGUGAGGGUCGUGCUUAAGGAAGGUGGGAGAAGUGGGACUUGGAAGGAG